CUUUGGGAGAGGAAAUACAAAGGUCAUUUCAAAGCGCUGCCUGGUCUUCUUGAAGAAAAGAAGGAACAGUUGCUGCAGAGACUUCUUAGCUGGGGUGUGGAGAGCACAGAUGAUCUUAAGUAUGUAGAGGGAGCUCCUGGAGUGGACCUGUCUGAUUUACUCCCGCCCAUCCAGAUUCGCAAACUGCUAGACAGCUUUAUGAGAGCUGGAGAACAAAAUCAAUCUGGUGAUGUCCCUCCAACAAUACCUCCGCCGCCUUCCACUGUCACAUUAGACACCAUUAGCCCACCAAGCCUUUCUUCAACCACAGCAGUUACUUGGCCUGAGUCAUUUCAGGUUCCUUGGAACCAAAUGCUGAGCGAAUUGCGCAGUGCAGUAGCGAAUGGAAAGAGACCACUCCCCCCAGAUCGCCGCAAAAUGAUUCGUAUAAUUGUUGAUGAAAUUAGGAAACAUGAAAAGAAUCCAAGCAAAGCACAGUGCCUUGCUGUAGCUCUCAAAAUUGUCAAAAAGUAUCCAAAGAGCUUUUCUGAUUUUGAUGAUACUCAAGAAAAAAAUGAAAUUGGGUACUACUCCCUCUUGAAACAAAUAAAAACCUGUGUAGAACACGUCAAUAGAGAUAAUACUUUAUCACGCAGGCGACGGAUCAGUGGAGUAACUGACACACCUGAGAGAAUGCAAUGCAGAGAACCAACAGCCACAUACGGAUGCACACAAUGGCAGCCUGAGCCUCCGCUUGCAAAUUCUGAUGAUGUACUUGUGGAAAAAAGACAAACUUUAGAGAAUUUGUACCAGCGAUAUGGAAAAAGUGGAGCUGACAGGAGUGAUGUUUGUGCCUUAAUGAAGGAAACUUAUUAUUUGCAAAGAAAGCACAUCAAUGACACACAAGUACUUCCUAUCAAAGACCUCAAAAGCAAAUGGCCAUACCUGUUUGUGCAAAAGCACAUAUAUGCACAUUUUGAGGAGCUUACCAGUAUCGCCAUACACAAAAGGCUCAACCAAGCCAUACAGGAGUAUGGUAAAGUCCUCGUUGACUUCUUUAAGAGCAAACCCACAAAUGAAGUUGUCAAGAAAAUCUUGUCCAGCGAAGAAGAAGUUGGACCCCUUGUGAUCAAACUCAUCCUGGCACAUUUCCGAGAGGAUCUGGAUGGUCUUCUGCUUCUUGCGAAUAGGUGCGCCACAGCAGCUGACCUUCAAGCGACACACACCAUACCUGGGAGCCCACGACUAAUUGUGCUUGGAGACACUUUGACGAGUGGACACUGGAUGCUGACUAUUGAAGGCGAGGUUGUGUGUGAGGGCAUUCAGCCCAGCUUCCUGUCUGGCCUUGCCACUCUGUUCGCAUCGUACUAUAUAUUCAAUCUUGAGUACCAGGAGGAGGCAGCAUGUACCUUGGAGUUCAUUCAAAGACGCUUUGUAGGUAUUAAUCCGGAGAGAGGAACAAAGAAGUCGAAAGGAAAAGUGCCAUCUAAAACGACCGGGCAAAUGGUACAGAAGAAACAGGUUGCAGUGAACCCACAUGUUGCCACUCUUCUUUGCAAAGUGAUGGAUUUUCAGUGGAAUUUCUGAAAUCCACUCUUUGCAUCCUGUGGUGUUCUCCUUUUUUGGAUCAGAAGUUUGUUGGACUUGGGGCCUUGUUGUUUGUGGUGCCAUGGUCUGUUCAUGAAGUGAUGAAGAGUCAUCGGAAUCUUUGUGGUUUUUAUAAUUAUUUUUAUUAUGACCAUGUUGGUCAACUUGUGGUUAUAAAGUAACAGUUUGCAUAUUUCUUCUUUUUGUUGAGGGUAUAUGAUUGCUAAUUAUAUGUUUCAAGUAAUUUAAAAACAUUUGAAGGGUUAGU